AUGAAUGGUGGAAAUCAGACGCCUCCCAUGGUGGACGUUGAUAUUUUGCCGGAGAGAAGGAAAUGGAUGACAGGAGACGCAGGCGAGAAGAAGAAGAAGAAGAGAGACGACGACGACAAUCAAAUCAACCCGACACGGUUGCACCCGCAGAGCCAAGAGGCCGAGACCUUCUUUUCGGUGCCAUUUUUUGGGCCCAGUGAUCAGGAGGCCUUUCGUCCUGGCAAUCAAAGUCCCGGCGCUUCCUCUUUCCUGCUGGCUUUAAUCUAUCUAUCGCUCUACGAGUACGGACGGAGUACCGGUCCUCGCCUGAAGAUACGAUGCGUGUCGAAUCCGAUUGCAUUGCGUCCGUCCACCGCAUGGAAAAAUGCCCCGGAUCAGCGAAGAGAUGAUCCCGAGGUUCCAGAAGGCGAGCAGAGACCGACAGACACAUUCCAGCUGGAUCGCCCGAAGAUGACAGUGAUCCCCCUGAAGUCGGUCAGCGCUGAGCACCGUCAACGACGCCCAUGUCGCUCGGCCUGGAGGAUCCACGAAUGGCCGUCGAUAUGA